AUGACACUCCCCGGUGGCCCGACGGGCAUGGCGCAGCCGGGGGACCCCGGGCACUGCAGCCCUGCGCUGGCUCGGGCCCCGAGGCGAAGUGUCGGGGAGCUGCGUCUGCUCUUCGAGGCUCGGUGCGCCGCGGCGGCGGCGGCGGCGGCAGCCGGGGCCCCUCGGGCUCCCCGGGGCAAGCGGCGCGGGGGACGAGUCCCUAACGGGCUGCCACACCCGGCCCCUGCUCCGGCCCCUGCCCCAGCCCCGGCUCCGGCCCCGGUCCCAGUGAUGAUCCCCCAGCUAACUGUGACCGCUGAGGAGCCGGACGGGACUCCAUCUAGUCCCGGACCACCGGAGUCAGAGGGCGGCUGGCUCAAUACUGCGGGCUCCACGCACCUGCAGCAGCCCCGCCGCCUCUCCACCUCGUCGGUCUCCUCUACCGGCUCCUCAUCGCUGCCCGAGGACUCCGAGGACGAUCUGCUGAGCGACAGCGAGAGCAGAAGCCGAGGCAACGUGCAGCUAGAGCAGAGCGAAGAAGUGGGCCAGAGAAACCAUUGGCAGAAGAUCCGAACCAUGGUGAACCUGCCCGUUAUCAGCCCUUUCAAAAAGCGCUAUGCCUGGGUGCAGCUGGCAGGGCAUACAGGAAGUUUCAAGGCUGCAGGGACAAACGGGAUAAUCCUGAAGCGCUGUUCAGAGCCCGAGCGCAGCUGCUUGGCGCGUCUGAUGGGCGACGCGCUUCGAGGUUGCGUGCCCACCUUCCACGGCGUAGUGGAACGCGACGGCGAAAGUUACCUGCAGCUUCAGGACCUGCUGGCCGGCUUCGACGGGCCCUGCGUGCUUGACUGCAAGAUGGGAGUCAGGACUUACCUGGAAGAAGAGCUGACCAAAGCGCGAGAGAGGCCCAAGCUUCGCAAGGAUAUGUACAAGAAGAUGGUAGCUGUGGAUCCCUCCGCUCCGACAGAUGAGGAACAUGCGCAGCGCGCGGUUACCAAACCGCGCUACAUGCAGUGGCGCGAGGGUAUCAGUUCCAGCACCACGCUGGGCUUCCGCAUCGAGGGCAUCAAGAAAGCCGAUGGCUCCUGCAGCACCGACUUCAAAACGACGCGAAGCCGGGACCAGGUGAUUCGAGUCUUCGCGGAGUUUGUAGAAGAGGAUGCCGAGGUGUUGAGGAAAUACCUGAACCGACUGCAACAGAUCAAAGAAACUCUAGGCGUGUCAGAGUUCUUCCGGAGACACGAGGUCAUCGGCAGCUCCCUUCUCUUCGUGCACGACCAGAGCCGUCGCACAGGCGUAUGGCUCAUCGACUUCGGCAAGACCACGCAGCUGCCCGAUGGCCAGACCCUGGACCACAGGCGGCCCUGGGAAGAAGGCAACCGAGAGGAUGGAUACCUCCUGGGGCUGGACAAUCUCAUCAGCAUCCUGGCGGGCCUGGCUGAGAGAUGA